UAGUGGCUGUGGUCAGUGUUUUCCUGCGUUAACUUGGGAUGGUUUCGGCUCGCACGCAACCGGGCUUCACCUCGGCACCCCGUUCCUCCGCAGAACCCCUCCCCGGGAUUGAUGCGACCCUAACCCCAGCCACGUGAGAGGUCGACCUGUCGCUAAAAAGCAGCCCCCCCCACCCUCCCAUCCCACUUUAGUCCCAGCUUACAACGGAGGCUCCCCCAACUUGUCUAGUUAUAAUUACCCCCCAGCAGGCUACCCAGCUCAGAGCUCAGUCGGGCCAGGAUACAGCCCUGGGGGAGCACCCCCUCCUUCCUCAUACCUCCCCUCAGGCAUUGCUGCACCUACACCCCUUCCCCCCUCUUCUACUUUACCUGGAUACCCAUACCAGAGCCACAACCUGACCCCAAUUGCCCCCACCCCUCUCAACAGUAGCUCUUCCAACUCACUGAAGAGAAAAGCCUUCUACAUGACGGGCCAAGGAGAGAUAGACUCUGCUUAUGCUAACUUUGGCUACGGCCAGGCUCGGAGCUCGGCCGAGAGCCCCAUGUACAGGAUAGCAGACAGCAGCAGUGCAAACGGAGGCUCCAACAGUGCCGGCGGUGGCGGAUUUGACAGAAGUGCUGAAAAGUCGUCUUUACCUUUUAACCCUCAGAAGCAGUCCACGAUGUCCUCGGAGCAGCAGAGGAAGUACAGCAGCCAGGCAACAGGUGGGCCACUGACUCCACCGGCCUACGUCACCUCCACCCUGGGGGGUUCCCGCUCGGCAGAUUCCCUCGUCAGCUUCACCUCCCCGUCCCUCAGUGAGCACGGUGCCGAUGAUCACCGUCUUCACCUAUCCCACUCAGCGCCAGGGCCUACCUCCUCCUCAUCCACUUCGUCCACCCGGCCUGCUGAAGAGCAGCUAAAAACUAGUGACCCUCACCUUCUAGACAUGGUUACCUCUGAAAUCGUUCAACAGGGGCCCCCGGUGGACUGGAGUGACAUUGCAGGACUAGAACUGGCCAAAGCAACCCUGAAGGAGGAGGUCCUGUGGCCCAUUCUGCGUCCGGACAUGUUCAGCAGUUUGGGACCGGCCCCACGUUGCGUGUUGCUGUUUGGCCCCAGGGGCAGUGGCAGGACGUUGCUGGGUCGCUGCCUUGCCAGCCAGCUCGGUGCCCCAUUCCUCCAGCUCAGCGGCUCCACGCUGGCCACAAAGUGGUUGGCAGAGGGUGAAAAAAUUAUCCGAGCGUCCUUCCUGGUGGCGCGCUGCCGGCAGCCCUCAGUACUGUUCAUUAGUGAGGUGGACAUGCUGCUGUCAGCCCACCUCAGCGAAGAGAGUCCCAUCAACCGGCUGAAGGGGGAGCUACUUGCCCAGCUGGACUCACUUCUCAUGGGCUCGGGCGAGGACGGAGGCAACCAAGUGUUAGUGGUUUGCUCCACAAGCAGACCCCAGGACAUGGACGAAGGGCUGCGCAGGUACUUUGCUCGGAGGGUCCUCGUGCCCCUGCCGGAUAGCACAGCCCGACACCAGAUCAUGAACCAGCUCCUGGCUCAGUCUCAGCACAAGUACUGCUUGAGCGAGGAGGAGCUGGCGCUGCUGGUCCAGCGUACUGAGGGUUUCUCUGGACUGGACCUGGCCAGAUUCUGCCAGGAGGCCCUCGUCAGCCUGUUACACGUCUCCGCACAGGGCAUGGACAUGACGGGUAUGAUGCCCAGGGGACAGGUCAGGCCCCUCACCUACCAGGACUUUGAGAGUGUCUUUUGUAAAUUCCAAGCCAGUAUAUCGCAGAAAGAGAUUGACACGUACACUGAGUGGAACAAAAUGUUCGGCUGCAGCCAGUGAAAAGAUAGAUUCCGCCCUUGAGAAAAAGAGGCAUCCACAAUUCCUCCCCUCAGGGCAGAAGCAUUGUGCUGGAGGGAACGGCACACAGAAGGCCAACACAAGCCCACCGAGUUCUCACAAGCAGGGUUUAGACGCACCGAGAGACCUGGUUUGAUGAGACAACUGGCAGUUUUGCAGUUAAUGAGCAAGAGUUUUAAUUUGAAUGCUUGACACUCCAGAAAAAGCCAGGCAUUGUUUACACAUUGCAAGCAAGUUGGCUUCGGAAGAGACGCCCCAGUGUCUGUGUAUAUAUCUUUAUGUUCUUGUUCUUGAGAUUUAGUUGGCUAUCCAAGUGCCUGAAGUGGUGCUUUCUGAUUUCCUUUUAUUUGUUUAUUUGCCUCACAAUUUACAUUCAUGGCAUGAGCUGAUGAUUAUCAAGAGCUUUAAAACUUCAGCGGGUGAGUCUGAAAAACAGAGAUUGACAGUUGCCAUUGGUGGUGGUCAAUCAUUCUUUAUUGUCUUUCUAAGAGCAGUUAUCCAUCAGGGCGGCAGUAGUCUGGGCCCUGACUCACACUCAUCUCUUCUGAUCCUGUGUCUGCAAAACAAACAAACGUAACAAACAAAACUCAGGAAAGCGUUUGUGAAUUGUACAGUACCUCAAGAUAUUUUGACGAAAAGCACUAAGAUCUGACAGGAGAAUCCAAGGUGGUUUGGCAGUUUAGUGAAGCAGUGUUAGGUGUACCUCAGCUGGCUAGGAUAAAUAGCAAAGAGGUGACAAUGAAUGUACUAGAUGUGUUCUGGAGUAAUGGAACAUAAUCAAUAGUGAGAGUAAAAAACAUUAUUUCUUCUUCUUUUUCCCCUCACAGCAGGUGUUUUCGUUUUCCUGUUUCUACUUGACCAAUCCUGAAGCUCAUUUCCAUCGCUCUUAAAAGAUUUUAAAACCGUGUUGCCCAGCUUUGUUGUUUGGGGGGGGGGG